UCACGACGUCGGUUCGCUACUCAAAUCUUCUUCCCUUACAAGCGCGUCUACACGAAACUUACAAAUGCGCGAGCUUUGUUACAAUAUCCCACCCAAACUUUGUUUUCAAUCAACUUUUUCUCAAUAAAGAGCGAUGGGUACCGAAAUUUGGAAAUUUAUCGAAGAAAUAACGUGAAUACUGGGGGUCCAUAUGCGGCAUGACCAGUUUGGUUCUAACAGUUCCUUUAACUGUUAUCUCACUUCUUGGACUGGUCGUAAACGGUUACGUACUUGUUAUAGUAAUUCUUACAAAACAGACGAAUUCUGCUAACAACAUCCUCCUUCUCCAUCUGGGAUGUGUGCAUCUGCUGUUAGGUGUCUUGUAUAUUGCAUUUUCAGUUUCGAACUUCACCAAACACAACUGGUUAGAAGGCGGUUCCUUAUGCAUUAUUCACGGAUUUCUUUUCACCCUUUUACAUCCCCUGGCGUUGUGGACCAUCUGCGGUCUAAACUGUGAUCGAUUUUAUGCAAUUGCAUCCCCGCUCCAUUACGGCCACAUCGUCAAUUCACGAAAGGUUCUAAUCGGCUUAGGGGGCAGCUGGCUACUGUCUUUAGCAGUAUGCAUUCCGCCAUUUUUUGAAGUAGCCCCUUAUCAAUAUAUAAAAGAGUUGGGGACUUGCAUGCCGCACUUCUCUCAAGGGGUUGGUGCACUGUGGUAUUCGACAUUUUAUACUGCCCUCACCCUUCUGUUACCAGCGACUCUAAUAACGUGUUGUAACCUUAAGAUUUUGACCAUUGCUCGAUACCAUCGUCACCGAAUAGCAUCAGCCAUAUACGAAGUAACUCUUUCGGCCCAGGUAACAAUAACGCAUCAGCGGAACCCGUUCUUCAUCCCCACUCUGAGUGCUUCUGCAUCGGGUGGUCCAAAAAUUCGCGGUCACAGUGCCAUAACGACAGUUCUUCAAUUGCUUGUUUCCUUUGCCAUCCUGUACCUCCCUUACUACAUCGUCAUCCUUUGGAACGCUUCAAAUGGUAUCCUUGAAGUCAGUCCAGGAUCCACCCACAACAACCCACGACUUAUGACCUUCGCGUCGUCGCUUCUCAUUUGCUCGCCCUUCGUCAACGGAUUCUUGUACGGCGUCAGGAACAAGGUCCUUCGGAAGACAUUCCAAAAUUACUGGCGGAAGAAGAUCACCGAAAACGAAUUGAAUCAGGAAAUCCAGGCGAGAACACCAUCGAAUUGUGGUUCGAGAAGGCCUUCAAUCUCCCCUUCGGGUUUACUCAACAAACAACCCCUGCAAAGAAGACUCUCCGAUGCUGUCAUAGAAGUCCAAAGAUUCAAGAAUCCUUCGUAUAAAAGCAAUAUCAAAAGGAUCUCGUCUGAGUUGGCAUGGAAGGAGAAAUCGCCGUACAGAGAUGGAAACAGAAACGUUGACGAUAAUAAGAAAAGGCCAAAAUUGACCCACACAACCAGCUGUAACACGUUGAAGGUGCCGUGUUUCAAAGGGGAAGAUGAAUUUGAUAUUUUUGUGAAGCAGAAGAAGGCCGAGGAUCUAGUCUCAAAUUUGCUUAACAAACCCAGUCUUAGUACUACGAAUUUAUUACUUCACAAAGUGUUCGGUUUGGAAAGCCCCGAUAUACCAAAUAAGAAAUGUUCGUUUCUACAAACUGCCAAAGAUGGUGCCCCUAAAAGGUCCCCCAAAAUAACAAUUACGAGGGCAUACUCAGAAGACAGCGAUAGCGCCUUAUCAAAUCCGAAUUCUCCAGCAAAAGAGGCUGCCAGCAGAAGAUACGCGUCAUCCGGCACGUUGCUCGAAAGAAAAUGGAACCAACUCAAAUGUAAGAGCAAGGAAAAUUCCAUGAACAUUGAAAUCAAAACGAGUACGGCGAAACCGUUACUCUCCUCAAUGGACGAGGGCUCGAUCAGUAACAAAAGCAGCGACUCGUCGAUACUGUCCUACUGUUCUUUGGGCAAACUGAGUGAAAUGACUGAACGCAGUAGUUGUGCUUGUGAUAAGUGUGCAGAAAAUGAAGACGAAUACUCGGAAGACCAGGCUUUAUUGCACAUACCUGUUGUUGGAUGUCUUUAUAAUAAUUCUAGUCAAAUUAAAAAAGGUCUAAUCAGAACCAAAUCCCAAGAGAUAGUCUUAUAAUUGUCGUAUUGUCGUUGCUAAUCUCAGUACUAUACUAGUGGCGGCUUGUGUAAGAGGUCACAGUCGGUCAUGAGCCCGCACCCACUUAUCUUUAAUAAAACUAGCUUUUCCCCGCGGCUUCGCUCGCAGAAAUUAAUAUUGUUUCUCAAUAAAACCUUUUAACUCCCAAUUCAU